AACCACUUCCUGCCCAGUGCCAUUAGUACAGUGCAGGGGCGGACUGACCAUUUGGAAACUCGGGCACUGCCCGAGGGCCCGGAGUCAGUAGGGGGCCCCAUGAGAUGUCCCUGGUACCUUUUUCAUAGGCUUUUUUGAGUUUGGGCAAGGACACAGGGGCCCCAUGAUCCCCUAUUGCCCGGGGGCCCCAUGAGUUGUCAGUCCGCCCCUGGUACACACUGAUCACUGUAUUGGUGUCACUGGGGAUAUCAGUGACACCAAUUCAGUUUCCCCCCAGU